AUGGAACGUGUGGUGCUUGAGUACUUGUUUGAUAUUUUCCGUACUGCAUCAAUUGUUGUGGAUAAUAUGCAUGCAACUGUUUUGUUGUUAGAACCUAAGGUGAUAGGGUUGAUGAAUGAGGAGUUAGAUGUUGAGUACAGGGAUGAGGAGAUUAGGGCAACAUUGUUUCAGAUGUAUCCGACAAAGGCUCCUGGACUUGAUCUGAGAUCGUUUCUGACAUCUAGGUCGUUGUUGAAGGGUGUUAAUUUUACACAUGUUUGUCUCAUUCUGAAGGUGCACUCAACUAAGCUGGUUUCUGAUUUACGUCCUAUUACUCUUUGCAAUGUGGUGUACAAGAUAUGUUCAAAGGUGAUUACGAAUGGGUUGAAAAAGCAUCCGGCGGAGAUUAUUUCACCUUUUCAGAGUGCUUUCAUUCUGGGUCGGCUGAUUACUGAUAACUCUUUGAUAGCUACUGAAGUGUCUCAUUAUAUUGAUACGGUGGACACUAAUAUAGUUAUGUCCCUCAAGAUUGAAAUGAGUAAAGCUUAUGACCGAAUUGAAUGGUGCUUUCUAGAGGCGGUUUUGCAUCGAUUGGGUUUUGCUGAUCAAUGGGUGAAGUUGGAUAUGCAAUGUGUGAUGACGGUAAGACAUAGCUUGGCGACCGUGGAUGAGUGUCUUACUAUUCAGUCUGUUAAACAGCGACAAGCGUGGCCUGUAGAUCAAUUGUACCGAUAUUGUCCCAACUUAGCCACCUCACAGAUGUUGAGUUUUUAA